GUGUAUUACACAUUUUGUGAUUGUUUGUUUAUGUGUGUGUUUUAGCAGACCAGUGUUGAAAACCUUUUUUUUUGCUGCAAACAAAACUAAAUUUUCAAGAAAAAAAAACAAUGAAAAUAAUACCAACCGAUACUUGGGUGGAUAUUGGAUUAUUUCAAAAUGAUUUAAAAGAUAUUGAUCCGGAAUUUAUUCCAAACAUUGUUUCCGUUUUUAAAAUAUCCUCUCAUGAUAGUGAUAUGGGUUUUCUAUUUAUUACCAAUAAUAAUGCUACCUAUGCUUAUGGUGAAGAAAUAUGCAAGUGGCUAUCGUUACAACAUAAUCCAAAACAACCACAACAGAUUGACAUUUUGAAUGGCAAGAAAAUUAUACAAGCCAAUUCUGGUUAUAAUUUUGUUGUCGUUCUAACUGAUGAUGGACGAGUGUAUCUAGCCAGUGGUGAUUCAAAUUGGCAAACGAACAAUACUUUUCGAUUGAUCUCUAUCGGUAAUGAUCGUUUUGAAAUGAUAGCAUGUGGACAGCAUCAUUUGUUGUUGUUACAACAAGAAGGAACUGUUUUUGCUUUGGGAGAAAAUGAAUAUGGUCAAUUGACCGGUAAUUUACCGGAAUCGUAUGAUGAACUUGUGGACACUGGUUUGAAUAAUGUCAAAAUAAUAGCUUGUGGAGUGAACAUAGCCUUGCUCUUACCAAUACGAAUGAAAUUUAUUCCUGGGGCUGGAAUAAGAAUGGACAGUUAGGUCUAGGGGAUACAAAUGACCGAAGAACACCUUCACUUGUUUUAUUUCCUGAUGGUUCGAUUAAUAGCCAAAUCAA